AUGGAGAGCUUGCAGGUUUGGCUUUCUCUGCCCAUGUGCCUGCUGUACAUGGCAGCUCUGGCAGGGAAUGUCCUUCUCCUGGGGCUGGUGGCAGCGGACAAAGCACUUCAGGCACCCAUGUAUCAAUUGCUGGGGCUUCUGGCAGCUGCCCACUUGGUUCUGGCCACAUCCACGGUGCCCAAAGCUCAGGCUGUGCUCUGGGGCCUCUUCAUUGCCGAGUCCUCAGUGCUGCUGGCCAUGGCUGUGGACCACUACGUGGCCAUUCGCCAGCCUCUGCGCUACAGGGCGCUGCUCACCCAGUGUGUGGUGGGCAUCGUGGCGGCGGUGGCUGCUGUGACCCGGGGUGACUGUGUCGUGGCGCCCCCGGUGGCCUUGCUCCAGAGACUGUCCUACUGUGGGCGGCGGGCGCUGCCGCACACUUACUGGGAGCACAUGGGCGUGGCUUGGCUGGCAUGCGGCAACACGCGCCCCAACUUCUGGUACGGAGUGGCCACCAUGCUGCUCUCUCCAGCCCUGGAUCUAGGGCUCACAGGUGCUUCCUACGCCCUCAUCCUCUGGGCUGUCUGUCGCCUGCCAUCCCAUGGGGCCCGCUGCAAGGCCCUGGGCACCUGUGGGGCCCAUGCCAGUGUCAUCACUCUCUUCUACACACCGGCCCUCUUCUCCUUCCUGGCUCACCGUUUCGGCCGCCACACGGUGCCCGGCCACAUCCACAUCCUGCUGGCUAACCUCUACGUGGUGGUGCCCCCUGCCCUCAACCCCGUGGUCUACGGGGCGCAGACCCAGCAGAUUGCUCAGAGGCUCAGGCACUUGCUUCGGCUCUGCUGGGCGGGGGCAGUGGGGGGGUGGGGCCUGAGAGGGCCUCCCCCCGGGAAUGAAUGA